UCGUCCGGCGCAUGCGCCGCGCGUGCGGUAGCUCGAGCCGGUUGCAUGGCGACGGUGAAACACAAACGUUGCCCCGGGAACUAGAGGGAGGCGAGCGGCGGUUACGCGCUGUCCGGCAGAGCGAGCCGCCGCGCGGAGGAUCUUGUUAUUGGAUGUUACAAGAAUCAUGCCUCUUCCAGACACCAUGUUUUGUGCUCAGCAGAUUAACAUACCCCCUGAACUCCCAGAUAUUUUGAAACAGUUUACCAAAGCUGCCAUCAGGACUCAGCCUCAUGAUGUACUGCAGUGGUCAGCUGGGUAUUUCUCAGCUCUGUCGAAAGGAGAGCCCCUUCCUGUAAAGGACAGGAUUGAAAUGCCAGUAGCAACACAGAAAACAGAUACUGGGCUCACACCAGGCCUCCUUAAAGUUUUGCACAAGCAGCUUUCUCCGAAGGGCCAUGUGAGUGUGAUAGAACUAGAGAAAAAAUGGAAACAUCUAUGUUUGCCAGUGGAGCAGCUGAGAGCCCUUCUACAAUUGGACAACUUCGGUGAAGAGGUGGAAUGGUUGAAAGUUCUUGCACUUGGGUGUAGUAUACUUGGUGGGUCCUUAAUGACUUCUAUGAAGUAUGCCUGUGAAAUUCUAACAACUGAUCCGGAGGGUGGACCUGCUCGCAUUCCAUUUGAUACAUUCUCAUUUAUUUACACAUACCUGGCCAGUAUAGAUGAUGAGAUGCCAGACUACACAGUUGAAGCUUUCCUCAACACUCUUAAGGGACAAGUGGAGCUUAAAGGAGAUCUGGUUGGAAUUUCAGAUUUCUUCAUUCCAUCAAAGAAGAUUUAAGAGAAAGAUGAAAAGGAUUUACUGGAAGUAAAUGCCACCAAUUCAAAGCAGAACUUUAUUGAAGUUCAUACAUAAACUUCAGCAUUAGCAGUCACCACAAAAUAUAGACUUUGAUUUACCAAUAUACCAUAUGCAGUGUGAUUUUUAUUUAUGAAAGUUGAGUAAGAGAUACGUCUUAGGAUUUAUUUGUUUUCAUAGACGUGUAAUUUUAGCUUUAGAUUUCUGCAGAUAAAUAGAAACUUUUAAUAGAGUUAGUGAUUUAGGACAUUUUCUGAUAUAUUGUGAAACUUACUAUGUCAGGUAAAAAAAAAUUGUUUUUCACAGAGAGUGGUAUCUACCUCCAUAAAUUGAUCAAGAUUCUUUUAUCUGAAGGCCAUAUUCAAAGAACCUCAAGAAGCUAUGCCAUUUAUUUAUAUUGUUUGGUCUACCUGAGUGAAGAAAUCAGACGUCCCAUUUUUUUCAUAUGUCCUAAUGUCCCAAAUACUUUUGGGACACCUGAAAUAGCCUGUUCUUCAUGCAAUUGUCCACACGUAUUCCACUUGUGGUUCACAUGUGCCUCAUGCACAGGAGAUCAGAUUCUUUUGAAUAGCAGUGACUAUUGGGGACGUGCCUGCACAAGUGAACACACAUACCCAUCCCAUCCUGGACACAAAGGGUAGCACAGGCCCACCCAUCCUUCAUUUCCUUCUUACAGCUGUGGCAGUGAGAUGGAAUCCUGGAAGUGUCCACUUCUCUGCACACACUGUGAUUCUGUUGCUCUUUUACUAAUUGUUUCCUUAUUGUUGUUAGGUUACUAUAGUU